AUGGCCGCGAUUGAACAAGUAGGUUUUUUUAGCUUUUGUUGUUUACCAGCGUUGUGGGAAGAGGGGUUUUGGAUGGGGUCGUAAAUGUUAAGUUAGAUCAGGGUUUUCACUAAUUUUUCGCAAAAUUCUUAGUUUGAGCUAGCUUUGACGUCCAUUUUUAGAGACGGUAUUUAAUGAAUUUCCAUUAUUACAGUAGCUAAGCUUAAAACUGGCUUAAUUAGGUAUCCCACUAUCGUAAAAGCGUAGCUCAAAACUUUCAAAUUCCAACCUUAAAAACUAUAAUUUAAAAUUUACAAAAAAAAACUCAUUUUAGUUGGCAAGUUGCGAACCCGAAAAGCUCAUUUUCUACUUGCCGUACAAGGAUGACGUCCGUAUUCCAUUCACAGUAAAGACACAAGUCGGCCGUAACGUGGAAGUUACAGUAACCACUAGCCAACGGAAGCUGUUCAAAAUCCGAAAGGAGUCAACCAAGAAGAACGUCAGGGAGUAUGCGUUAAGAGUAAAGUGUUAUGAGCAGGAUGUCAGCCAACUCUUGGUAGAUUUGGAAUUUUUUCUUAUAAUUAAAUACCGUUGUUUGUCUAACGGAAAUCACGGAAAGAUUUUAAUCCCGAUCAUCUUCAGGAAUGAUGGUAGGUGUACAUAAUCAUAAACAUAAUAAGUUAUAUGGUAUUUGACCUAAAAAAGUUAAAAUAGUUUGUUCUGAAUACAUUUUUUUCAAAAAUUUACGGUUUUUCGAAUAAUUCAUUAAAAUUUUAAUUAUCUUUUUAAAUUCUAUUUCUUUUUAGAGCUGGUGGCUCAAGUUCAUGACGAUCCAAAAGACGACAAGAAUAUACAGAUCUGUGGCGGUGUUGGAAACAUAAAUAGACCGAAGAUCAACAAUCAGGUAAGACAGUCUUUUUUAAAUAUAAAGUUUAACUUACUUUCAAGGCCGGGCGUUCCAAAAGUGACAAAUACGUAAUCCCCAUCCCUUCCCCUACAUCACCCCAAAAAUUUUUUGAAAAAAAGUUUUGAAUGAGUUAUGGCCAUCGAUUUUCAAAGCUUCCGCCGAUUGUCAGCCAAAUAUUUGAUUCCGAUCUCGUCAAAACUUUCAGGACCGUGAGCCUAAUCCUAAUUUUAGGACCAGACCAAUAGCCACCUCUAGUUAUUACUGUACUUUACAGUAAAACUACGAGAACUCGCUUCCUUAAGCUUUCUUUAACCCCUCCCCCUUUCCAUUCCCACCCCCGCUCUUCUCACUGCCCGGCCUUGAUCACAAGAUACCUUUUAAUAAACCAAUUACAUUUUAAACUAGAUCGUACAGACAUUUUUAUUUUUAGAACCUGAACAUUAAGAAUUUCAUUGUAUGCAAUAUAAUAUCCAAUUCGACAGAGAGUAGAUGCUACAAUUAACAUCACCACAUCGUCCAAGACAACAACAGACGAAUAGAUUUAAAGUAUGCUUUUGAAUUUGAUCUCUUGUUAAACUUAUGAAAAAUUAAAAUUUUCAUAAAUUCUUUUAAGCCAGACUUGAAACAAGGAAGACAAUAUGAUUCUAAGAAGGAUGACGGCAUUUCAAUAUCACCACAAAUUGUAGACAACCUAAAACAACAUCAGAUACAUGUAUUCGAAGAAGCGGUAAGUCUUAGUAGUAACUAUCGUCGCGGCGUCACCAGCUAUAGAGACCAGUCAAGAACCGUGACACCAGUUGCCACGCGCCUCGACAACUAUGAUUAUCCGGAAUUUCCUAUUAACAUAUAAUUUGCUUAAAUUAACUACCGAUAAAAAAGUGUCCCUUACCGUAACUAUCAUAUUUUCAGGUAAAACCGAUGCCAGUAGGUAAGUUCUACAGAAAGAAAUCUAGUGUUAAAUACAAAGAAAAGUGCCAAGAAGUGUACAAUACGCUAAAGAAUGAAAGAAAGACCAAAAAGCGUGACAAGAAAUUGAGACAUUUAAAACAAAUUUUGGACAAUCCAAACAAUCUGAACCCAUACGAAACUUACCUUGCCUAUGGUUUCCUACUUUAUGGCCUUAAUUUUUGGCCGAUGCCAUGUCAAAGAUUCAUCCGACUCGUACAAUUUACUGAAUAA